AUGUUUCAAGCUAAUGGAAGUAAUCGACAUCAAAUUAAUUAUCAAAGAAUUGCAACUCGAUUGUACUUAUUCGUUCUGGUCAUUUCGCUUAUUAUAAUUAAUUUUUAUUUAUUAUUAAAUGAAGAUCUUCAACAAAACACAAUUCAUCAACCAUCGGAAUUUCAAUAUAAAGAACUUGAAAAAACUUAUUCUUCAAAUCUUUAUUAUCCAUGUUCAACAGUCUCAAUGAAUUAUUCAACUGUUAUUAUGAUUGAACCUUACUUUCAUCAAAUAUGUUCAAGUGACUUAAUAUCAGAUGCAUGGAUUAAUUUUAUCAAUGGUGAUCACGUGAUGAACGAUAUUUUUUACAAUAUUUGA